AUGCCGCUGCCGUGCCGGGGCUGGACGCUGGCGUUGCUCACGCUGCUUGUCGGUUUCCUCAUCUUCGCCGAUAUCUCCGAGAUCGAGGAGGAGAGCGGGAGUUCUGGAGGCAGAGGUACAAUCAGAUCAGCUGUGAACAGCUUACAUAGCAAAUCUAAUAGAGCUGAAGUAGUAAUAAAUGAUUCUUCGUCUCCAGCUGUUGUUGACAGAAGUAACGAAAGCAUUAAGCACAACAUUAAACCAGCCUCAUCCAAAUGGAGACACAACCAGACACUCUCUUUGAAGAUCAGGAAACAGAUCUUGAAGUUCCUGGAUGCAGAGAAAGACAUUUCGGUGCUGAAGGGGACGCUGAAGCCGGGGGAUGUCAUCCACUACGUCUUUGACAGGGACAGCACCAUGAACGUCUCGCAGAACCUGUACGAGCUGCUGCCCCGCACCUCGCCCCUCAAGGGCAAGCAGUUCCCCACCUGCGCCAUCGUGGGCAACUCGGGGGUCCUGCUCAGCAGCGGCUGCGGCCCCGAGAUUGACGCGCACAGCUUCGUGAUAAGGUGCAAUCUGGCCCCUGUCCAGGAGUACUCGCAGGACGUGGGCAUGAAGACGGACCUGGUGACUAUGAACCCCUCGGUGAUCCAACGGGCCUUCGAGGACCUGGUGAACGAGACUUGGAGGGAGAAGCUGCUGCAACGCCUCCACAGUCUCAACGGCAGCAUCCUCUGGAUCCCGGCGUUCAUGGCCAAGGGGGGCAAGGAGCGAGUGGAGUGGGUGAACGAGCUCAUCCUGAAGCAUCACAUCAACGUCAGGACUGCCUACCCCUCGCUGCGCCUGCUGCACGCUGUCCGAGGGUACUGGCUAACGAACAAGGUGCACAUCAAGCGACCCACCACCGGCCUCCUCAUGUACACAUUAGCCACUCGAUUCUGCAACCAGAUCUAUCUCUACGGCUUCUGGCCCUUUCCCCUGGACCAGAACCAGAAUCCGGUCAAGUACCACUACUACGACAGCCUGAAGUACGGCUACACCUCGCAGGCCAGCCCGCACACCAUGCCCUUGGAGUUCAAAGCCUUAAAGACGCUGCACCAGCAGGGAGCCUUGAAGCUGACAGUGGGGGAGUGCGAUGGGGCCACGUAGGGUGGUCCCCGGCCGCGUUCCUGCACAGCCACAGGAGGAAGGGGAGGGGGCGGAAAGGACAAGUGGUGCCUGGUGGGGUUGGUUGUCUUUGUUAAUGCGCAGAACAGCGACACAAAUAUAUA